AUGACCCUUGCUACUGAAUUUGCAGAGACGACCCGUCGUUCUCUAACACAUGCGGACAUGAAAAAGAGAGUCAUUCACUUGUACAGAAGAUACAUCAGAAACUCCAAGGAGUUUUGCAACUUGUACGAGUUGGAUAUGCCUGUCUCCAACGUCAAGACGAAGAUCAGACAAGAAUUCGAAAGACAGAGGUUUGUCAACGACUUGGACGUAACCAACAUUCUUUAUGCCAAGGGGCAAAUGGAGUUUCAAGAAUUGAUCAACUUUUGGAAACAGCAAUGCCAUGUCAUGAGAUACUUUGAAGAUCAGGAGAGCUACAACAAUGUCGACAAGAAUGAUUUCGUCAAAAAUUUCUUGAGAGGCAAUUGA